AGAGAAGAGAGGGUGGUCCAUGGGCAGAACCACCACCAAUAUUCCGAUGAGCCACCGUGUCCUAUCGCCACAUCACAAUUACGACGCUGGUCACAACCCGUGUGAUCAACAGCCGGUGCAAUUGUGCGGUUCAAUCUUCGGGUUCCUCGAGGAAGAAGCCACCAUGUCAUCGUCCGAAAAUGAUAUAUACAACAUUCAACAAGAUAUAGAAGACGAAGAGUGUGAAGACCCUGAAGAUAUUGAAGACAAGAUCAAAUUUUGGGAGACCCAACACCAAAAUUUACAUACAACCUUAGUUAGGACGACAAGUUUGGAAUCAAAAAUCCGAAACAUAACAAAAGAAGUACUCGAGGAAGUCAAGAUGGCCGAGAACGUAUGCUCAUGCCCAAGAUCGGUCUCUGGUGGUUGCCGAAGUUGCCUGAUGAGAGAAAUUUGUAGCCGGCUGCAGAAGUCCGGUUACGAUUCGGCUAUUUGCAAGUCCAGAUGGAAGAACUCAUCAGAUUUUCCUUCGGGAGAACACACAUUUUUGGAUGUGAUUGAUAGUUCUAACCAUAAAAAAGACUCGGUGCGGGUGAUAAUCGAGUUAGAGUUACGUGGCCAAUUUGAGAUGAAGAAAGGGAGCGAGGAGUACAACAGUCUCGUUUGCAAACUGCCCGACCUAUUUGUGGGAAAACCCGAGAGGCUACAAACUGUAAUCAAAAUACUAAGUAAUGCUGCAAAAGAAUGCAUGAAGGAAAAGAAAAUGCAUUUAGGGCCAUGGAGAAAGCGAAGAUACAUGCAAGCAAAGUGGCUUAGAGUGGCAGAACGAUCUAGGGUCAUGACGACGGUCAAGCCCCUAGUAGAAGACGAGUGUUCUACUUGAUCAACCCGAGCUAGAACAUCAAUGCUAACUAUGGAUCUUCUUGGCGAUUUGCCGAAUAUGUGUUGUUAUUAUGGUUAUAGUGUUGAAGUUUUGUAGAACGUAGGUACUAUAUUGUGAAAAGUUUCUAUGAGUUUAGUAUAUUUUUCAAUUAUGUUUUACUAAGGAUUGCAAAUAGCAUAAACUAUCACUUAUAUGUUUUAACUUA